AUGUGGAAGGUUUUCACUAGACCCAAACACCCCAAGCUUUGUCCGUCUCGGCUUGUGCGCCCGAGCAUAGUGCGAGCUGCAGCAACAUCCAAGCAAACCGCCUCAGAGCGUGCAGGAGCAACUCCCUGCCACUGGAAGCCCUGGAGGCUUAUGAGUUGGCUUCUGCAGAGCCUUGACUCGAAUUUGGUAUCGAUGGCCUUCCCAAUUUUAACGCAAGUCUUCCACCGGAAUGUCUUGCCGACGAAGCACGGGUCGACGUGGAACUUCGCAAAGGUUCCAUCGGGCCGUGGCCUUGUGCCAGAAGAAGCAGAAGGGCCUCGGCCUUUAGGCUCUCACACCAUCACCAUACGAGCUUCCGGGUACCUUAUUUUGGGGUCCUUAUAA